UACUUUCAUUCUGCCUUUCUCUCUAUUCACACAAAACACACACUCCACUUCGUAUAACAUCAUAAUUAAGCAUUUUCCAUCUUACUCUUCAACAUGAAACGACGUCGUAACAACAUUAACCCAAUUAUAAACAACAUCAUCAUCAUAAUAAUGAUAAUCAUCAAACCCGCUCAUCCACUUAAUGACCCGCCAUAUUCAUGCAAUCCAUCAUCAUCGUAUCCAUUUUGCAACGUAACUUUGCCGAUUUCGAAACGCGCAAACGACGUCGUUUCGAGGCUAACCUUAGACGAAAAAGUGUUGCAGUUAGUUAACGGCGCUCCGGAAAUCCCGCGGCUGGGGGUAUCGAGUUACGAGUGGUGGUCAGAGGGUUUACAUGGGGUAUCGAGACACGGAAAAGGGGUGAGAUUUAACGGAAGCAUAACGGCGUCAACCAUGUUUCCUCAAGUUAUUCUCACCGCCGCUUCUUUUGAUUCACGCCUUUGGUUCCGCAUUGGUCAGGCAAUUGGGAGGGAAGCAAGAGCAAUGUACAAUGUGGGUCAAGCAAGAGGUUUGACUUUUUGGGCACCAAACAUUAAUGUGCUAAGAGACCCACGAUGGGGUAGAGGACAAGAGACACCUGGAGAAGACCCAUUGGUCGUUGGAGAUUAUUCAGUUUCGUACGUUAGAGGGAUUCAAGGUGACACUUUUGAAGGUGGAAAACUUGACCCAAAUGGUGCCAAUCUUCAAGUCUCUGCUUGCUGCAAACACUUCAUUGCUAAUGAUUUAGAUAACUGGAAAACGGCUGAUCGUUACAAUUUUGAUGCUAAUAUCACUCAACAAGAUCUAGCAGACACAUACUUACCACCAUUUCAUAAGUGUGUCCAACAAGGGCAAGCCAGUGGGAUAAUGUGUGCUUAUAAUCGAGUCAACGACUUACCAAAUUGUGCUGAUUAUAAUCUUUUGACCAAGUUGGCUCGACAAGAUUGGGGAUUUAAAGGGUACAUUGUGUCUGAUUGUGAUGCAGUUGCGAUUAUGCAUGAUGUUCAAGGAUAUUCAAAAUUACCCGAAGAUGCUGUUGCUAGUGUUCUUAAAGCCGGGAUGGAUGUCAACUGCGGUUCAUAUUUGAAAAAAUACACAAAAUCAGCAGUUGAAAUGAAGAAAAUAACAGAAGCAGAUAUAGACAGGGCUCUAGAGAAUCUUUUUACCAUCAGAAUAAGAUUAGGUUUGUUCAACGGGAACCCAAAAAAAGGCAUGUAUGGCAACCUCGGACCCAAGGAAGUCUGCUCUAAAGAGCACCAAGACCUAGCUCUUGAAGCUGCUCGAAAUGGGAUUGUCUUGCUUAAAAAUUCUUUUAAACAUCUACCACUUUCAAAAGACAAAACCACUUCCCUUGCUGUAAUUGGCCCUAAUGCUCAAACCACAGAAACAUUGCUUGGAAACUACGAGGGUGUGGCCUGCAAAAACGUUACGGUUUUUGAAGCACUCAGAAAAUAUGUGAAAAACACAAAAUACCACCAGGGGUGUGUCGAUUAUGUGAAUUGCACCUCUAUUGCCAUUGAUGAAGCUGUGGGUAUAGCAAAAGCGGCUGAUUUUGUUAUUCUGGUGAUGGGUUUGGAUCAAAGCCAAGAAAGGGAGAAACAUGAUCGGAUUGAACUAGUACUUCCAGGGAAGCAAGAGGAUCUUGUCUUAGCGGUGGCUCGAGCUGCAAAGAAACCAGUUUUGCUGGUUUUAAUUUGUGGUGGUCCAGUUGAUGUUUCAUUUGCUAAAGAUGAUGCCAAAAUUGGGAGCAUUUUGUGGGCUGGUUACCCUGGUGAAGCUGGUGGAACUGCACUAGCGGAAAUCAUCUUUGGUGACCAUAACCCAGGAGGAAGAUUACCAAUGACUUGGUAUCCGAAAGAAUUUUCUAACGUGUCGAUGACAGAUAUGCGAAUGAGACCUGACCUAUCAUCAGACUACCCAGGUCGUACAUAUCGAUUUUAUAACGGUAAAACAGUUUUUGAAUUCGGACAUGGUCUCAGUUACUCAAAGCAUUCCUACAAGUUUAUUUCGGGUAAUCAAAGCAAGAUUAUUCUUAGCCCAAACAAAACAUCACCUUCACCUUACGUGUUAACUUCAGGGGUUGGGAUCAAGAGAUGUGAAAAAGUGGAGUUCCCGGUGGUGGUUGGAGUUGAGAACCAGGGCCAGGCAAGUAAUCACACUGUGUUAUUAUUUGCAAAAGCGAAGGGUGAUGAUUUAAAUGGACCGAUGGUCAAACAGUUGGUCGGGUUUCAGAGAGUGAGUUUAGGAGCAAGUGAAAGGGUUGAAGUUGAAUUUGUUGUCAAACCUUGUGAGCACUUUAGUAGGGCUAACAAAGAUGGGCUGAUGGUCAUCGAACAAGGGUCUCAUUCCCUUCUUGUGGGAGACCAAGAGUAUGCCAUUGACCUUGUAGUAUGAUCAAUAAAAUAAAUAAGUUUGAAUGUUAA